AUGCUUUACAAUCUCUAUGCCAGACACAACAAAGAACUCGCUACCAAAAAUUUGGUUUCUGAUAUCAUCGCAUUUUCUAUUCAUGGUUUUCAUGGAGAACUUAGAAUCCCGCUCAGAGUUUCGUUCUUCGUUGACUCUACCAAUUACACAAACCCAGUCUGUGCUUUCUUGGACUUUUCAGCUGAUGAGAGCGGUGUGUGGUCGUCUGACGGGUGUCACGUGGUGUACUAUGACCAGGACUAUGUCACGUGUGAGUGCAACCAUACAACAAACUUCGCUGUUCUUAUGAGUCCCUACAUUGACCAGCAUAAAGAUAACUACAUAAUAAACACAAUCUCCAUCAUAUGUUUAUCUGUAUCUAUAAUAUGUCUGCUGGCUACCGUCCUGGUCUAUGCCGUUCUAUGGAGAUACGUAAAAUCUGAUCGAGCUGUCCUCUACGUCAACCUUUCUGUGACCUUGACACUUGGCUAUGUCGUGUUUCUGUCGGGAAUAAACCAGACACAAAACAAGGUCAUGUGCACGGCCAUUGCUGCAGCCCUUCACUUCCUGUUCCUUGUUGUGUUUUUCUCCAUGCUGGGUCAAGGUCUCAAUGUCCUCGUGUCAGUCAUUAGUAUGACGACACGUUCCGUCCUGCGCUACUUACUUCCCUUGUCUUAUUGUGGACCUUUGCUUAUUGUGGUCAUAACUCUUGCAGUGACUAAAGCUCAUGGAUACAUUGCUGGCUUUCCAUUGAGUCUGGUGUCUUUUGGGCUUUUUCAGUCCCAGCGCUAA